AAGCAAACUGUUCUUGUUGCCAAAACGCUACAGUCCCAUCUCCGGUUUGCAAAACCAACCAGCAACGGAAAACCUAUUUCGCAAGCACUUCAAAUUUCACACAUGGAGAAAAGGCUCCGCUCGUCGCUGCAAACCUCCGCCGAAGAUUUCCUCUCCUGCGCCGCUAAAUUUCCUCUCAAAUCAUCCAAAUCUUUCAUCAAAACUCUGAUUAAUAGCUUAAUUAAACCCACAUCCGACCUGACCUCCUCCCUACCCCGCGCCCUCUGCAUUUCCAUAGCCCAAUGUAUCUCAAAGUUCAAAAAUCAAUCUGAAUCAGCGUUCAUGGCUUCCCCGGUUACGCCUCCGGCGAAGCGCAUCCGAAGAUCUGGAAGGAACAAGAAGGAUGACGGAAUGUCUCCCACUAAAGACAACAAUUGUCACCAGUCAAUUGUUGAGAAGCUCCAGCUUUAUGCAUACAUUGUACAAGUUUGCGCCUUCCACCAUGAAAAUGUGUUUUCCGAUGCUGAUUUGUUUCCUGCAGUUCAAAAUUUGCAUGACAACUUAAUUCUGUUCGAAUCUGAUUCAUUUUUGCUGUAUGAAAUAGCUAACUUAUGUGAAGAAUGGUGGAAGGGGGAUUUGUGUGGAAAAGAAACCCUAAUUUCGCAGUCAUUACCAGUAAUUUUGUCUCGCUCAUUGACCCUGAAGAAAAAAACGGAUGUUCAUCGAAUUUACAGACUUCGUGAUGCUUUCGUCCUCUUCGAUUUUGAGGAUGAGAGUAUUGAAGACUUGAAGAAUUUGCUGAUCCGCUGUGUGAUCUCGCCUUUGUAUUUGAAAACAGAGGAGGGCAGAAAAUUUUUGGCAUUCAUAUUCAUCCUAAAUGUGCAGCUUACAAAGGAAGUGUGCGCUAUGGUAAAAUCUCAGAUCCCAUUUGGGCGAAAAUCGGUGCUGGAAGCUUAUGGGGAAAUUGUUUUCAGGGCAUGGAAGGCUGUGGAGGGAGAGUGCAGAUGUGAAGUUGAAAAGGGGUUUUUACAAGAAUUAGUUGAGGGUGCAAUAUACGCCAGCACAGAAGCAUUAGCUGCUUCUAUUAGAAGAAUGUUAGGAGUUUUUGUUGACAACCGGACCACAGAGGGAGUUGAGAAGCUGAUUUUUGGUCUGGCUGAGCCGAUUCUUUUCCGGUCACUUCAGGUUGCAAACUCGAAUGUCCGUCGGAAUGCACUGAACUUACUUUUAGUCCUGUUUCCUUUGGAAGAUCCUGAUGUCACUAUGGAGGUUAAAGACACACUAUUAGAGAAACAAUUCUUUCUGCUAGAGAAGUUACUCAUGGAUGAUUGCCCAGAUGUACGAUUAGUAGCUGUAGAAGGCUGCUGUCGUAUUCUUCAUUUAUUUUGGGAAGUCAUUCCAUCCCCGAUUAUUACAAAGAUUAUCACCAAAAUCUUUGACAACAUGACUGCUGAUACUUGUGCUGAGGUCAGACUCUCGACAGUGAAUGGUGUCAUAUAUUUGCUUGGAAAUCCUCAGUCCCAUGAGAUCCUUAAAGUGCUCUUGCCUAGGAUGAGCAAAUUAAGUAUGGAUCCUACAGCAGUUGUCCGUAGUUCUCUCUCUGAUCUCCUCCUUCUCUUGAAUGACAUCGGAAAUUUCCAGUUCCAUAAGGUGGUAUCAGUAGAUGAUUUGCUUUCAAUACUUGCAAAUGACCAACCAGUCAUUGGAAGAAAAAUCACCAAACUUCUUAUUCCAUCGUACUUCCCAUCUAAAGUGACAGUGGAAGAAGCUUGUAAACGCUGUAUUGCUCUUAUCAAAAGGUCACCUGCGGCUGGAGCAAGAUUUUGUGAGUUUCUAGCUUUGGAAGGAGCUUGCCCGCAAUCUCUUUUGAAACUUUUUAAAGUUAUUAUUGGUUUGAUUGUGCCAUCUGUUAAACUUAGCAAGGAGCUCAUUGAGAGUUUACUCGUAGCUGCCUCUAACCUUUGUUCAAAUCUUGCAAAGGAUGAUUCUUUUAACGCUGCUCUGAAAGAGGAUCUCUCUGUUGAGAAGCUGAAAACACUAUUUUCUGUUGCUUCUACACCACGUGCCCAAUCUUCCGUCUGCAACAUUGUUUCAGCAAUGUCUCUGGAUUCUGUUGGUGGCCUUUUUGAAGAUUGCAUGAACUUGCUUUCUAAAUUCAGUGGUUUAGCUGACAGUGUUGAAAGACAAGCUGAUGUAAGAUCUGCCCAAAGGAUGAUCUUUUUGUGUGGCUGGUUUGAUGAAAUGUUUGAAGCUCUUGUUGGGUUUCUGCAAGAUGCUGCCUGGGGAUGUCAUGAGAAGUUUGGUAUAGAAUUAGAACAGAAUUUUAGGUCAGCAACACGAAAGAAGACUAAAUCUUCUAUAAGAAUUUCAGCAAAGUCAAAACAUGUCAAGGGUCAUAAGUCAUCUCAUACGGCCAAAGAUAAAUUUUUGGAAGAUUGUGUAGUUGCCGAUGGAGUAGCAUGGCACAUAAAGGAUCUACUGCUGACUGAAAAUGCAAGGAAAGUAAUGCUAGGUUCUGGAAUCUUAUCUAAUGCACAUUAUGCUCUAAAGGUCAUCUCUGAAGCAUGGACUCUAAAUGUUCUGCAGUAUGAUCAUUUGGGAAUAAGUCCAAUUUCUACUUACACAGCACUUACUCUGUGCAUGUCUCUUCAUAAAAUUAAGCCAGAUGGAACCCUGGAGUUUACACAGGCAGCUAUCCUUGAUUCAACAUUGGAACAUUUGCUUCACUGUGCCUACAAUAUAUUAAGGUCUGCUGAAAAAUCAGGUACCAAUCCAACUACACUAAGAAGGAUACUAACUAUGGCGAAGAUGCUUACUGCAGUUCUAAAGUUUGUAGUUGAUGUCGCUGCUAUAAAUACUUCUUCCCAGCAUCAAGAACUAUCCUUGAGUUUCACAAUGGAAAUUUUGAAAUUCAUCGUUACAAAUUUAAGACAAGGAUCCAUUGCUCCAUUGGGUGAAAAAGGCAUGAAAGAUUUUUAUGUUUGUUUGAAAUGUUUCAUCACCUAUGGAGCCAAAUUACUCAACAUUGUGCUUACAACCGUGGAAAUUCCAGUGCCUAGGCAGGGAGUCUGUGGUCUUGUCAACGAACUUUUUAAUCUUUUGGUUUCAGUUGAAGAAUUUCUGGGGCAUGGAUACACCGGUCGUCUUAUUCAUGUUGUUCAGCCAUGGAUUCCUGACCUAAUUCUGGCUUUGAGUUCCUACUACUUAGUGAAACAAACCCCAGAUGAAGACAGUAGUUUUGAUUCAUUUAUGGACGUUGCAUCUGAGUUCCCUUCAUGGUUAUACAUUUUAGCCAAGAUUGAGCUUUUAGAACUGAGAGAUGAAAACUCAGACGAAGAAACAGACAGAGUCCAGCUUCCGAAGGAUUUCUCUGCAUUUAGGAGACUUGUAGCAACAAUGUCUAAGCAAUUGAAGUCAAACAAUAAAGUACUAGAUGCCGGUGGAGCUCUUUUCUUAACAUGUUCGAUCAAAGCAUUAGAGAAAAAGAACUUUGAUUUUGCAUUAGGCCUUCUGCAUUUUGUGUGUGUAAAGUUAGUCAGCCCCAACAUGGAAUGGAAGGAACUUAAGUUGAUGGCAGCAUCUCUUGAAGGGAUAUACUCUGAGGUGAAGACAGAGUUAGAAGAUGCGCGAAAGAGUGAAAAAGAUAGUGAAAAUUUGCAGUGUAUAAUGGCGGUGCUCGAACCUGUCUGCGCAUCACUUAUUUAUCAUGGAAGGAAGCAUUCAACUGAAGAAGAAUAAGAUUGUAAGUCUCUUUGACAAGAAAUGAAAAGAAUGUUGAAACAACGGUAUUUCUCGAUUGCUUGCUUCUGUAAUCUUCUCUAGUACUAUUUCUGGAGUAGAAAAUUUGAAGCCAUACGAUAUUGGUUGUACUGCUUUUUGUUGUGCAAGGAAAUUGUAAGUAA